AUGCACGCCUGGCCCAUCAUGGGAAACACAGUCUACAGAGGAUUUUCUAUGAAUCGCUAUUGUGUUUUUUGCCUUUUCCUCGGCCUGCAUUUCGCGUAUGGAGAUGUGAGCUACUCUGCUGCUGAGGAGAUGAAACGCGGGUCGGUGAUUGGAAAUAUAGCCAAAGAUCUCGGCCUCGGGACUGCCACACUUUCCUCGCGUAAAGCUCGUAUUGACACAAACAGGAAUGACAAGCGGUAUUGUGAUAUUAAUCUGAGCACCGGGGAUUUGAUUGUUACUGACAGGAUUGACAGGGAAGCCCUUUGUGGUAAGAAGGUGACUUGCGUUUUUAAAGAGGAGCUUGUUUUGGAAAACCCUUUAGAGCUCCAUCGUAUCAGCAUUCAUGUGCAGGAUAUGAACGACAACGCCCCGCAGUUUAGUGAGGACCUGAUUUCAUUUGAAAUAACAGAAUCCGCAGUCAAAGGAGCUAGAUUCUUACUCACUGAAGCCCAUGAUGCAGAUAUCGGUACAAAUACUGUACAGCGUUACAAUUUACAAAACAAUGAGCAUUUCACGAUUAAUGUAGACACAGAGGCCAGUGGACGUACACGCUCCGAAUUGGUUUUGGUAAAGGAAUUAGACCGAGAGCAAGAGAAAGAACUGAAAUUAGUGCUUACAGCUCUAGAUGGUGGCUCACCUCAGAGAUCAGGUACUGCGAUCAUUCACGUCACUGUACUGGAUGCUAAUGAUAACGCCCCAGUGUUCAGCCAGGCCGUUUAUAAAGCCACUCUGCCUGAAAACGCUCUCUUGGAUACAUUAGUUGUUACGGUGAGAGCCACUGAUGCAGACGCGGGGCCCAAUGGAGAUAUUACUUACAAUUUCGAUCAUGUGUCGGAUGACCACGUCUCUUUGUUCUCACUUGAUCAUAAGACAGGGCAAAUAAGAGUAAUCGGCUCUAUUGAUUAUGAGACUGAGACCUCCAUUGAGCUGCGAAUAAGAGCAAAAGACGGACCAGGUCUUACCUCGUAUUGUACAGUAAUUAUAGAUAUAACGGAUGUCAAUGACAACCCACCAACUAUCAGUCUGAAAUCACUGUCUUAUCCCAUACCUGAGAACGUGUCACCUGGUACAGAGGUGGGCAUUAUUAACGUGCAGGACAGAGACUCUGAGAGUAACGGACAGGUCCGCUGCUCCACUCAGCAAAACGCCCCCUUUAAGUUGGUUCCUUCUAUUAAAAACUAUUAUUCUCUGGUGACCACAGGACAACUGGACCGCGAACUAGUGUCUGAUUACAACAUUACAAUCACCGCCACUGACGAGGGCUCUCCACCUCUGUCCUCCUCUAAAACUGUUGAGUUAUCUGUAGCAGACAUCAACGACAACCCACCGGUGUUUGAGGAACAGUCCUACAGCGCAUAUGUGACUGAAAAUAACAAACCUGGCUCCACUUUAUGUUCCGUUAGUGCUCGAGACCCCGACUGGAGACAAAACGGUACAGUGAUUUAUUCUCUGUUACCCGGUGAGGUGAACGGUGCCCCGGUGUCCUCCUAUCUGUCUGUUAACGGAGACACGGGGGUGAUCCACGCUGUGAGGUCGUUUGAUUAUGAACAGUUCAGGAGUUUUAAAGUCCACGUGAUGGCCAGAGACAACGGUUCUCCUCCGCUCAGCAGCAACGUGACCGUCAGUGUCUUCAUAUCGGAUGUGAAUGACAACUCUCCUCAGAUUCUGUACCCCGCCCCGGAGGGCAACUCCUUCAUGACCGAGCUGGUCCCCAAAGCUGCACACGGAGGCUCUCUGGUGUCCAAAGUGAUAGCGGUGGACGCGGACUCCGGACAGAACGCCUGGCUGUCCUAUCAUAUAGUCAAAUCCACCGAUCCGGGACUUUUCACUAUCGGUGUCCACAGCGGAGAGAUCAGGACCCAGCGGGACAUUUCUGAGUCUGACAGCAUGAAACAGAACCUUAUUGUGGCAGUGAAAGAUAACGGACAGCCCUCUCUCUCUCCCUCUCUCUCUGCCACCUGCUCCAUGUAUUUACUUAUUUCUGAUAACUUGGCUGAGGUGCCAGAACUGAAGGACAUUUCUUAUGAUGAGAAGAACUCCAAGCUGACCUCAUACCUGAUCAUCGCGCUGGUGUCUGUGUCCACCUUUUUCCUGACCUUCAUUAUCAUCAUCCUGGGUGUGAGGUUUUGUCGCAGGAGAAAGCCCAGACUGUUGUUUGAUGGAGCAGUCGCCAUCCCCAGCGCUUAUCUCCCUCCUAAUUACGCAGAUGUUGACGGCACAGGAACUUUACGCAGCACUUACAAUUAUGACGCCUACCUGACAACGGGUUCUAGGACCAGCGACUUUAAGUUCGUGUCAUCUUACAAUGACAACACACUGCCUGCUGACCAGACUCUGAGGAAAAGUCCGACUGACUUUGUUGAAGUGUUUGGAGACUGUGAUGACUCUCCUGAGGUAGGGACGGAUGUCACAUAUCAUAUGACUUACACCGCAGCCAGUAACCUUACAGCUACAAUUUGUAUUUGGCUUCCUUGUCUAUUUUUAUAUAACGAUUUAAGACAACUUAACAUGCGUGGCAGUUAAUUCAUUUCACGUUAAAAGUUAAUUCACGCUUUAGUAAAUAGAUGGUAGUUUCACUUGUUUUUAAAUUCACAUUGAGCGUGAUAAUGCACCAAACGUUUAGAGGUGACGUCUUUCAUGGUCUUUGGAGUUGAUACUGUUGAUGUUUGUCUGUUUUGUCGUAUCCUUCCCCUAAAACCGGUCUAUCCCUUAACACUGUAUCAGCGUCUCUGCCCUUGUCUUUUGGGUUGAGCUCCUGCCAGUUGUUUUUGUCUCUGUCUUUGGUGGUAAAGGUCACUGUUGCUCUUGUGAUGUUAUUUUAUUUCACCUUUCAAACGUUUUAGAUUACAUUUUUCACUCAGAAAAUGUUUUUCAUGAGACAUCUUUUCCCCAGAUUCAGUAAUUAACAUUUGGGCUCUAUAUUGCACCUAUACCUUGCUAUGAGGUCAAACCCGAGAGAACACGCUGGUGAGGUACAGGAAAAAAGGAAACAUCCCAUCAGUGGAAUGAGUGAAAGUGAUUUCUAUAAGUAAAAUGUAAUAUUUAAAGUAUUAAUAAAAUCCCAGACUUACAAAUUCA